UUGUAUUAAUUACAACAUUGGUGAUGAUCGGAGAAAUGAAAAGUACGUCACCAACCAAAUAUAAACAACCAACCAGUGGUGUCUGAACAACAGGUUUUUAAUUUAAUGAAAUUAAUACCGGCGGUGUGCCGGGCAGCCCAGGUAUAUUAAACGAUGCAAAAUUCAAGUCAACCAGCAGCAGCAUCAUUUUACGUGAUUUUGACAGCAGUAGUGCUAGUUGACCUAGCUUGCACUAGCUAGUUUGACAGGAACAGGUACAAUGGCGCCACUAGAUUUGGACAAAUAUGCAGAGAUCGCAAAGCAGUGCAAAUACCUACCCGAAAACGAUCUCAAGAGACUAUGUGACUAUGUUUGCGACCUAUUGCUCGAGGAAUCAAAUGUCCAGCCUGUCUCCACCCCAGUGACAGUGUGUGGGGAUAUACAUGGACAGUUUUAUGAUCUGUGCGAAUUAUUCAGAACCGGGGGACAGGUCCCUGACACAAAUUAUAUAUUCAUGGGUGACUUUGUCGAUAGAGGAUAUUACAGUUUGGAGACAUUCACGUACCUGCUGGUGUUAAAGGCCAAGUGGCCAGACCGCAUCACAUUACUGAGAGGGAAUCAUGAGAGCAGACAGAUUACUCAAGUCUAUGGCUUUUAUGAUGAAUGCCAAACCAAAUAUGGAAAUGCCAACGCCUGGCGUUAUUGUACGAAAGUGUUUGAUAUGCUGACAGUUGCUGCACUGAUGGAUGAGCAGAUCCUGUGUGUUCAUGGCGGCCUCUCUCCAGACAUAAAGACUCUGGAUCAAAUCAGAACCAUUGAGCGUAACCAGGAAAUCCCCCAUAAGGGAGCUUUCUGUGACUUGGUCUGGUCUGACCCAGAGGAUGUAGACACCUGGGCCAUUAGCCCCAGGGGUGCUGGGUGGCUGUUUGGAGCAAAGGUCACAAACGAGUUUGUUCACAUCAACAACUUGAAGCUGAUUUGUCGGGCACAUCAACUUGUACAUGAAGGCUACAAGUUCAUGUUCGAUGAGAAGCUAGUUACCGUGUGGUCGGCUCCUAACUACUGCUAUCGCUGCGGCAAUAUUGCUUCUAUCAUGGUCUUCAAAGACGCUAACACGAGGGAGCCUAAGCUCUUCAGGGCAGUGCCUGACUCAGAGAGGGUAAUUCCACCCAGGACGACAACACCAUAUUUUCUGUAAACACAACUCUUCUGUCUUUUGCCCAAGCCACGCUUAUUUUCACCACUUUUUUUUCUUGGCACAUUUGGUUUUGUUACUUGUACAUACCGUAUUGGAAUAUUUACAUAUCGGCUUUUGGUGACAAUAAAAAUGCACUGUUAAUACCAUUAAGUAUCAGACUUAGGCGAUUCCUCAGAUUCACUGUAGCUGACUGAGUAUAUAAACAAAGUAAGUCUUCAAUAAAGCCUUUCUUUACAGCUAACAAAAGUUUAGAACCACAAUUGUUGUGGUUCACUCAUUUAGUGGCACACUCAAAUUACGUGGUAAACAAAAACUUAAUUUAUACAUUUGCCGGUUCAUUGGUGGCACAGUUUUUUUUUUCCUCAAUAGCAAUUGCUGUUAUUUCAUAACGUUUACUGUUAUUUUUGUAUUGAAAAUGUAUCAAGUUGUAUGUAUUGAGUAAACAAAGACUAGCACUGCAAUUAAAAUUGCACUUCAGCAAUACUGAUUUUAUGCUCAUGUUUCAAUAAAUUAUGCACUUUGUGCUGUCUUGUGAUACAUUAAUAAAUACAUGGUAUGAAUCUAAAAAA